AUGGACAUGCAUGGCAUCCUGAGCCCAGAGGAUGCCGAAUUCCUGGCCUCCUUUCCCGAUGAGAAGAGGAAGAAGAUCCUUCGCAAGCUAACGAGUCUCAGAUCAUUCAUCGACCGAGCCAACAUCGGCAAUGCAAAAAUCGAAGGACUUGAGAACAGCUUGAACAUGACGGGACACCAGUACAACAUCGCUCUGGCAGUCUUCUUCGUUCCAUACACGUUGGCGGAAAUCCCUAGCAACAUCAUCCUCAAUCGAUUCAAACGGCCUUCGACAUUCAUGGGAAUCAUAGUUUCCAUCUGGGGCCUCGUCAUGACUUGCACCGGCUUUGUCCAAGGCUUCAGUGGGCUAUGCAUCACGAGAGUGCUGCUGGGUCUCUUCGAAGCCGGCUUCUUCCCAGGGGCCAUUCUCAUCAUCUCAAGGUGGUACCUCCCGCAUGAAAGCCAAACCCGCAUCGCUGUAUUCUUCACCGCAAGUGCAUUUGCGGGAGCGCUCUCUGGGCUCCUCGCAUACGGCAUUGUCAGAAUGGACGGUGUCGGUGGAUACGAGGGCUGGCGAUGGAUCUUCAUCCUUGAAGGCAUCGCAUCCGUUGUCGCUGGUCUCGCCUGUUUCCCGCUACUCAUCGAUACCCCUGCUCUCUCCCAACGCUGGCUCGAUCCUGAGGAAAUUCGCUACCUCGAAGUCCGGCAGGUCGCUCGCCAGGCUCGACAGACUGAGGACAACGGCAAGAAGUUUGACUUUCGCGUUUUUAAGAGCGUGUUGCUCGACUGGAAGAUCUACUGCCUCAUCCUCGCAUUCUGGUCAAAUGUUACGCCGAAUUAUGGCCUCGAGUUCACCAUGCCUCAAAUCAUGAAGAACAUGGGAUACACUUCCGCCAAUGCACAACUGCUCACCAUUCCAGCCUAUACCGUGGGUGCGAUAUCUGCGUACGGCUUCGCGGUGCUGUCAGACAGGUUUAGAUGGCGCAUGCCCUUCAUCGUCGGACCGCAGGCUGCGGUUGCGGUAGCAUAUGCCGUUCUCGCCUCGAAAGCGGAGAACAUCAAAGGAAACAUUCCGCUCUGCUAUUUCGCAGUGUGCUUAGCUUGUUUCGGACUUUCUCCUAUCGGCGCCGGCGUUCAGGCUUGGAAUUUGGGCAAUCUCGCAGGUCCCACGAAGAGAGCCAUGGGUAUUGGGUACAUGACCUGCAUAGGAAACAUGGGCGGCAUCACCGGCAGCUUCAUAUUCAUUCAGGGUGAAGCGCCCAAGUAUCAGACAGGCUUCGGCGCCUCGAUGGGGUUCGCCUCGGCGGGUAUCAUUGCAUGCCUGGUGAUGGAGUACGGGCUGUGGAGCAUCAACAAGAAGAACGCGAAGUUUACAGAGGAUGAGGUUCGUGCGAAGUACUCGGAUGAUGAGCUGGAUCGGAUGGGAGAUAAGAGUCCAUUAUUCAAGUAUACCUUGUAA